ACUGCACCGUGGGGAGGGCUGUCUUGCGGCCGGCACGGUACGCUGGGUCCUGGUAAGAGGUGUCGGCCGCUCUGCAAAGGGAGAAGAGGGUGGUAUCUGGGUACCGGGCCGCGCAGCCCGGCCUCUCUCCCAUGCCUCGGGAGCCCGCUGCGGAGGGGCGGCGGCGACGACGGAGGAGGAGGCGCAGAAGUAGCGCGCUUUGAGGAGCAGGGUGUUGCAUGCCGCCGGGCAGCGGAGGGGGACGAUGCGCGAGUAUAAGGUGGUGGUUCUUGGCAGCGGCGGGGUCGGCAAGUCGGCCCUGACCGUGCAGUUCGUGACCGGCACCUUUAUUGAAAAGUACGACCCGACCAUAGAGGACUUUUACCGCAAAGAGAUAGAGGUGGACUCGUCCCCCUCCGUGCUGGAGAUCCUUGACACCGCCGGCACCGAGCAGUUCGCUUCCAUGCGGGACCUGUACAUCAAGAAUGGUCAGGGUUUCAUCCUGGUCUACAGCCUGGUCAACCAGCAGAGCUUCCAGGACAUCAAGCCCAUGAGGGACCAGAUCAUCCGCGUCAAAAGAUAUGAAAAAGUGCCAGUGAUUUUAGUUGGCAACAAAGUUGACCUGGAGAGUGAACGUGAGGUAUCAUCCAACGAGGGUCGCGCCUUAGCAGAAGAUUGGGGAUGCCCUUUCAUGGAAACCUCCGCUAAGAGUAAAACUAUGGUGGAUGAGCUGUUUGCAGAAAUUGUCAGACAAAUGAACUACGCAGCCCAGCCGGAUAAAGAUGACCCUUGUUGUUCUGCGUGCAAUAUACAAUAGCAUUCAUAUAAGUAAAUCUAGUUAGACAUAUUUUCACAGCAGUGGAUGAAAAGGAAACUUUUAUUUCCCCUUUUAAACUUUAAACAUGAUUCAUCAAAAGAGAAUCAUUGAACAUGCAGGCUUGGAGUUCCAUGGCUACAAAAAAUGUGCAGCUAAUGCUUUUAACCCAUUGUUUUAUAUUUUCUCCCUGUUAUCUGACGAAUUAUUCAAAUUGGAAAAGUGUGAUGCCAUUUGUUUUUAUGGCAGUGACGGAAUCUCAUUGCUACAAUAAAAUAGUGAAAAUGUCAUGUGGGUAACA